GGAGGGAGGGAGAGUUGUGAGAUGCCCAUCUUUUUCAGCCACUCAGCAAGGAAGGAAGAGGGAGGGAGGAACCCUAAUCCUACCUGCUCUCAAGCUCCAUCUCCAUUCCAUUCCCUUUUUUGUGUAGUAGCAAUCAUAGGUAGUACUAGUAUACUGGCAUUCCCCAACCAUUCCUUCCUACACCACCACCACCUAUCAAUCACCCAUUCACCACCUAAAAAUUCCCAAGGCACCUGCUCCUCCUCCUCCUCCCUCCUCACCUCCGCCUUUCGUUUCUUGGAAUCUUUGCCUCUGCCUUCUUCUUGUUCUUGCUCCCUCCGCCUCCUCCUUCCAGCCAAGAAUCCAUUGCAGAAUUUUCGUGCUCAAUUUCGGAUAAAUGUUGGGUGUUCUGUUUGGUGGGUUGAGAGCUUGAAUUCGAGCCGUUUUCUUGCUUCUUCGAGCUGGUGGUGGUUUUCUUGGCCCUUGGAUUGAUUCUGGGAUUCAGCGGCGGAGACACCUACCUCCGCGUGAGGAUUUCUGCCAUUUCUUGCUUGCUGCGUCGAGGGAUUUGGUCCCCGCCCUGCUUGCUUCCAGCUCAGUUCGGUGCCUUGUUGGUGUUCAUCGAUGGAUUCCGGCAUGGGCGGCGACGCCAUGGAGACAUUACGGUGAAAUUAGCUCGGCCCGUCUCUCGGUCAGUACGCCUGCAGAUUUGAGAGAUUGGAGGAGAGGUGUGGAUUAGGAGGGGGAAUCGAGCGAGGAGGAAGAUGUCGUUCAGGAGCCUGAUCCAGGAGAUGAGGGACGAGUUCGGGAGCAUCUCGCGGCACAGCCUGCGGUCGCGGUCCCACCGCGGCGGCGGCGGCGCGCCGCGGGUGGCGGCGGUGGGGCCGGCGGAGGCGGCGGCGAUGCAGCAGAGCUGCUGGGCGCAGCUGCCGCCCGAGCUGCUCCGGGAGGUGCUGGUGAGGAUCGAGGAGUCGGAGGUGUGGUGGCCGUCGCGGAGGGACGUGGUGGCGUGCGCCGGCGUCUGCCGGAGCUGGAGGGGGAUCACCAAGGAGAUCGUCCGCGUCCCGGAGGCGUCCGGCAAGCUCACCUUCCCCAUCUCGCUCAAGCAGCCUGGCCCAAGAGACGGCACUCUUAAAUGUUUCAUAAGAAGAAACCGGACUACUCAGACAUAUUAUCUGUAUAUUGGGCUCACAGAAGCACUUGCCGAUGAUGGGAAGUUCCUACUUGCUGCACGCAAAUGCAGGAAGCCCACAUGCACAGACUACCUGAUUUCCCUUGACAUGAGUGAUAUGUCAAAGGGGAGCAACACCUAUAUUGGCAAGCUAAGGUCAAACUUUCUCGGAACAAAGUUUACCGUCUAUGAUGCCCAUCCACCAUAUGAUGGAGCUGUUGUCUCAAAAAGUCGGUCUGCACGUGUGGUUGGUCUGAACCAAGUCUCCCCGAGAGUUCCUGCCGGGAAUUACCCAGUUUCACAUAUUUCCUACGAAUUGAAUGUUUUGGGUGCAAGAGGUCCAAGAAGGAUGAACUGCAUUAUGGAUUCCAUCCCCACAUCAGCUGUUCAAGAGGGUGGGAAAGCUCCGACACAGACUGAAUUUCCUCUCAGUGGCCUCGACUCUUUCCCAUCAAUUUCAUUCUUCAGAUCAAAAUCAGCUCGAAUAGAUAGUGCAACUUCACAAUUAUCCACUCAGAAGGAAGAAAAGCUGGUUCUGAAGAAUAAAUCUCCUAGGUGGCAUGAGCAACUGCAAUGUUGGUGCCUCAACUUCCGUGGACGGGUUACUGUUGCCUCAGUGAAAAACUUUCAGCUGGUGGCGUCUGAUGAAAAUGGGCCAACUAACCAGGAGCAGGACAAGGUGAUUCUCCAGUUUGGAAAGAUUGGGAAGGACUUGUUCACCAUGGACUACCGUUAUCCGAUAUCAGCAUUUCAAUCAUUUGCAAUCUGUCUGAGCAGUUUUGAUACCAAAAUAGCCUGUGAAUGAGAUAAGGUGCUGGAUGAAGGACGAACCGUGGAAGCAUGAUAAGCUGGAUCGGCAGGCGUAGCGUGCACGAGUCACGCUUGACAUUGAAGCACAAGGAUUUGUUUGGAUUUGGGCAGAAAAAAAAACACCAAGUCCAUCUCCUGAAGUUGCUGCCCCGGAUGCUGCUGCUGCAGUGUACAUAAUAGCCACCUGUGAUCUUUCUGGCCUCCUGGCUUGUAAUUCUGUUCUAGUUUGUUUUUUUUUUCUAAUUGUUACACAUUCUUGGGCGGUGCCGGCUGUUGAAACCUAGAGAGUUUCUUCUUCUUUUUAAUCUCCCCCAAUUUACAUUGUAAACGGCAGGCUUGUGUAGCCAAAAAUGCCAAGUUGUGUGUUGCAAGUUGCAACUUGAUGUGUUCUUUAAAUUAGUGUAAUACAUGGAGUAAUAGGCUGCAGUGCUGAGAACAGUGUCAAAAGCAGUGUUGUGGAUUGUGUGAUUUGUUAGUAGAGAUCUUCUUCAAUGCUUGAAAUUAA